AUGUCAUCUAUAAUCUCCGUUUUUGUUAUAUGCCUAACAUCUCAGAUGCAUCCAGGUGCCAAGCAUUGUAUUGCCUAUGACUCUAUGCAUUUCUUAUGGAAAGGAAUUCUCAACGGUGCAGGCUCAAAGAAAAAUUUGGAGAAAAUGAUAAACAAACUAUCAGGACUACUAUUUGAUGCGGCAUAUGCUGGGAACUUUGACUUUUUAGCUGAGCUUAUAAAGUCUUCCCCUGAUUUAAUGUGGCAGCAAGAUGACCGAAGACGCACUAUAAUUCAUAUUGCUGUUCCAUAUUGUCACCCUAAAAUCUUCAAUCUCAUCCAUGAUAUACAUGGAAGUAUAAAUAUUACAUCAUACACGGACAUAGAUGGAAACAAUAUACUACAUUUGGCUCCAGUGUUAGCAUCAGAGGAUCGGCUUGAAUUAGUCUGUGGGGUAGCUUUCCAAAUGAAGCUCGAGCUAUUAUGGUUUGAGGAGGUGAGGAAGAUCAUGCUGCCAUCAUACAUGAAGAGAAAUUCACAUGGUUUUACCCCUUACGAGUUAUUUAGCAAGGAGCACUUUGGAUUACAUGAAGACGCUGAGUCAUGGAUGAAGACAACAGCUAACUCUUGCAUGGUUGUUUCAAAUCUUAUUGGUACUGGAGUGUUUUCUGCUGCAUUCAGCUUACCAGGUGGUACCAAUUCAGGAGUUCCCAAUUACCUUUGGAAAUGA